AGUAUGACAUCCCGUUGUCGCACUCGCCGACGGUUCGCACAGCUGCCCAUAGUCCUUCUCUCCUUUCUCAUCUCCGUCAAAAUCAAUGGUUCGUCCGGUUCGCGCAGCCAGUGCUUUUCUACGCUCCGCGCGUGCGCCGCGAGGCACUCAAGUGCGGACUCUGGCGACACCAUCCUCCUCGAAGACCAGCUUUAGUCAGACACUCGCCGAGGGGCCUUCAUUGGACGAGUUCAUCGCGGGUAAUGCGCCAGAGAGAGUUGUACUAGGUAACACAUCAGCUCCUCGCCUCCCGUCCUUUCUGAAGACGUCCAUCCCGAAGGGGGCAUCCUUCGCCAAGAUCAAGAAUGACCUUCGUGGACUCAAGCUCCAUACAGUGUGCGAGGAGGCACGGUGUCCGAACAUUGGUGAUUGCUGGGGUGCCAAAGAGGGAGCAACGCCAGAGGAGGGUCGGCGAGCAGCCACGGCGACGAUCAUGCUUAUGGGCGAUACAUGUACGAGAGGCUGUCGUUUCUGUGCUGUGAAGACCUCACGUGCGCCUCCACCGCUCGAUCCUCAUGAGCCGGAGCACACUGCGGAGGCAAUUAGCCGAUGGGGCUUAGGAUACAUCGUCUUGACCAGUGUAGACAGGGACGACCUCGCUGAUGGUGGAGCACACCAUUUCGCUGAAACUAUUAUGAAGAUCAAACAGAAGGCGCCACAGAUCCUCGUAGAAGCGUUGACCGGAGACUUUGGCGGCUCCCUUCCGCAUGUUUCCGUUGUGGCCAAGUCUGGCCUCGACGUGUACGCCCACAACGUUGAAACUGCGGAGGCGCUCACACCGUUUGUGCGAGAUCGUCGAGCGACUUUCCGGCAGAGUCUGAGCGUGCUGGAGCAUGCGAAGAAGGAAGGCGUCCGGGACCAGAUCAUGGAUACUCUCCGAGAGCUGCGCAAGGUUGAUGUCGACGUCGUUACAUUCGGUCAGUAUAUGCGGCCAACAAAGCGACACAUGAAGGUCGAUCGCUACGUCGAGCCCGCCGAAUUCGACAGAUGGAAGCAGGUGGCUGAGGAUAUGGGUUUUCUGUACGUUGCCAGUGGGCCGCUCGUGCGCAGUAGCUACAAGAACAUCCUGCGCGGAAAGGCGACGGAAAGGAAAGCUCGGACCCUGGUCGCGGAGUCCGAGGUGCGCGAGCAGCAUGGGGAGCAGAGCUCGCUGUAAGCUCAUACGGCGUCGUGGAGCCGAGUAGCCUGUGCAGACUAUCUUUUCGUAUCAUAUAUCAGUAUUUUGUGAUAAUGCUCGGGAGUCUUCGCCACAAGUAAGACACAACUUAAUGUAAAGGAUGUGAUCAAAU